GGAUAGAUGGCAGGGCGUCUCUCCCGGGCCGGGACGCGCAGGACCGGGACGCGCAAGGCCGCGUCGCACGCACUGUCAGUUCCGUUCAGUUUCGCUCGGAUAUCCGUGCUACCGAGAGUGACCUUCGCGUCUGAUCGGCUACCACCCCGAUUGCCUAGUCGUUCACCCGCGGGAUCAUCGUAGCCUGCGAGUAGAGGCUGUCGAUCGUCACUGAGAGAUCGACUGGAGCGAUAGACGCUACGAGUCGCGACAAGUCACGCGACAAGAGACGUGUCACUUGCCUCGUGAAGAACGAAAGAGGGAGAGGAAGAGAAAGAGAGAGAGAGAGAGAGAGAGAGAGAGAGAGAGAGAGAGAGAGAGAGACCGACAGACACACCUGUCUCUGGGAAGAAGGAAAGGACGCGCGUUUCUUAGCACAUCCGUCCCCGCCGCCGGCGAGGAUUGACUUUCAACCCUCGUGCCGAGACAUGCUGUACAUUCGCCACGCCGUGAAGUUCGCGGGAGUAUCGGAGGAGAGUGCGUAAACUGUGGCGCAGGUCGAUUUCCCAGUUGGCGAGACGCGUGUUCGCACACCGGCACCGCGCGCGCGAGGGAUUUCCCGUGGUCGCGUUGUCGGCCGACGGCGCCGCAGCGAUGAGCGACAGUGAUUGGCGUGCGAUUUCGCCGAGGGUGCGAUAAGGCACCGGCGGCAGCGUAAGGAGCAGAAGAAACGGUGGAGAAGGAGGAGGAAGAAAGGAAGGAGAAGCAGAGAAGGAAAGCGGUGAAAACGGCAACGAGAGGAGACUAGAAUUUCGAAGGGGAUGAUGCGCGUAUCACGCCCCGUCGGCGCUUUUCAAUUACGCGGAUCUAGAUCGCGAAGCUAUUAGCGAAUUAAGCGAACCGAGUGAGCGCGAGAGCGAGGGAGAGACACAGAGGCUGCGCUCCCUCAGGUUCGCUCACUUCGGCAAACGCUCGUUUCCGGCACGUUGCGCCGAUCUCGCGUGUCAAGUGCGAAACUCGCGCGCUCGGCUACUUUCGCAACGGUCGGUCGUCGUUCCUCCGGAUCGAUCGGGAUCGGAUGCGAGUGGGAGAUAGAUCCUCGACCAACGCGUGCCCCGAAACGACUAUGAGAGAGAAACAAUGAGGUGUCUAAUGUUGACCCUCGGUCUGCUGGUUUCGGGUGGUGUAUUGUGUUUGCUUCAAGUGCAAGGACCCGCCCGUUGUACGGCCGAUCGCAGGAUACACGAGGAUCGAGCGUCGGAGCCACUCGACCGAGGGCCGUAUUUCGAUGUCUCAGCCUCCCGCAACGUGACAGCUCUCGUCGGCAAGACGGCGACGCUGAACUGUCGAGUGCGGAAUCUGGGCGAUCGAACGGUGUCAUGGGUGAGGCAUAGAGAUAUCCAUCUUCUGACCGUGGGCGUUGAGACGUACACAUCCGACCAGAGAUUCGUCGCGUCGCAUUUUCCUCGCACGGAGGACUGGACGCUACAAGUGAAAUACCCACAACGACGGGAUUCCGGCACAUACGAGUGUCAAGUGUCCACGACGCCGCCCAUAGGUCACUCCAUGCACCUCUCCGUUGUCGAGCCCGUGACGGAGAUUAUCGGAGAGUCGGAGAUGUACAUAAAUAAGGAAAGCACCAUGAACCUGACUUGCGUGGUGCGACAUAGUCCUGAACCACCUCUGACCAUUUAUUGGACUCACGAUCACGAGGUGAUCAAUUAUGACAGCCCGAGGGGCGGGGUAUCGGUUAUCACGGAGAAAGGCGAAGUAACGACCUCGUACCUUUUGAUUCAGCGCGCUAAGCCGGCGGAUAGCGGACAAUACACCUGCCAUCCGAGUAACGCUAAUACAAAGACCGUCUUGGUUCACGUGCUCAACGGGGAACAUCCUGCGGCGAUGCAGCACGGCGGCCAAUUGAGACUGGCCAAUUUGCCGUUUGUGAUGAUCUCGACGACGCUUUUGACCUUCCUCAAUCAUCCGUAUUAAGCGCCCAGUUCCGGUGAAACAGCGGUGAAACAUCAGCCGCAGAUUGCAGCUGUGUGUGCAGCCAACGUCGUUGGCGAUCGAAGAGUCAAUAAGAGGAGCUGCGGACACAAUCUCGUGGAAGUUCACGGAUUAUGGCCGGAAGAAGUCCCCUGUCUCGGCACGAAGAGAAUCACGAUGCGCUGAAAAACGAGGACCACGCACGAAGGGAGGACCGAGACGGAGGAAGCACGAAGCGAAAAACUUCGAUGGUGACCGCGUGUGAUGACGAGACGAGACGAGACGAGACAGAGCGGAGGGAGGGCGGGGGACGCAGGUGUAAAAACGACACAGGGCGAAUCUCGGUUGGUGCUAAAAUGUUGUAAAUGCGCGAGAAGACUUUUAGGGCGAAGACAGGGUAGCGAGAAAAAUCAGAUAUAUAUAUAUACACACACACACAUUCAUACAUUCACCUGCAUAUAUACACAAAUACAUAUGCGCGUAUAUUCAUGAGGGUAACUAUCGAACUAAAAAAAAAAUACUCGGAAGACUCGCACACUCGAGCAGCAGGUAUAAACGUUACAUUUUCGCUUCAUCACGGUUACGAGACAAUACGUUGUGCUUGCCAAAGGAUGUGUGUACGUGUUACUGUUGAUAAGAAAAUGAAUUGAGACUUUAACAAGUCCGUGUUGAAAUCUAUUAUUACGUUGCGAGAGAGAAUACUUAUGAGAAAAUACAUAUAAAUUAUUAUAUAUAUAUAUAUAUACACACACACACACACACAUACACAUUAUAUAUGUAUAUAUAUAACAUGCGCGGUGUGAGGGGCAAAAAAUGGAUGCAUUCGACGAAUGAGACAUGAUCGAGCGGUUCAGGUCGAUCGCGAGAGUUAUUCACGUGCGAACAAUGGCAGAUUUUCGAGAGACGCUACUGUCGAGAGUGUCGCCGGUAUAGAAAAAGAACGGACCCGUGUCGCGAGUCCAUUGUUUCAAACAGCGAAUUCUUGUGAACCUUGGAGCGUAGCUGUCGGGAGGAUUAACAAAUGAGACAAUGCGGACGAAGGGUGGUGGAGUGUUAAUAAGCGAGACACGUCGAGUAAGAAAAGGUUGUUACGUCGCGAAAGUCGCGACUCAGAACUCUAUUCACCGGCCGUCGUCGACGCAUUAUCCGCCAGGAACGAAGCUUUAGUUCACGUUGAACUAUUAUUUGACAACGCGGGAUUCCGACAGGCUGCUCGUGUACCGUCGAGCAGCGCCGUUGUUGUAAAGCACCCAAGUGCAAGCGAUAUAAACGACAUGAAAUAUGUUUUUAAUUACAAUUUAAUUUAAUUUUAAUUGCCAUUGUAAUUGUAAUACGUGAGGUCACAAUUAUCAGGGCAAGAUAUUAUUUCGUUGCUGCUUGUGUUUCGUUAUGCGUCGUGUAUUAUAUUAUAUUAUGUUGACGUCGCCGUACAUAAUUACACCCUCGAGCGAACAAAAGGACGGGCAACGAGGAGCCAGCCGAGGUGGAACUCAUGGAACCCAUUUAAGGCGAGAAACAAAGCAAGUUGAUGCAAUUUAAUCCUUGGAUUGCAGGCCGCCGUUCGAGAGAGUGAAACGAUCGCUAUGUGCGGCGCAAAGUCAACGUUAGUCGACGAUACUUCACUUCCGUGCGUUAUGAUCAUUUUGCAGCAAGGACGCGCAAUAUUACUUUCCGUUUAUUAUUAUAUUUUCAUUCAUGAUUUCAUAUCUUAGGUCUUAGAUGGUACCUUGUAUGAUAUAUAACUAAAGUGGCUUUAUGUAAUGUAGCGUGUCCUUGUUGAAAAAUAGCCAAUAUUAACAAAUGAAGCCUAAGGACAUCGUUCGCGCACGAUGAAGACUUUUGUCAGGUGCCUGUAGACAACGUUCGCUCUAAGAGUUAAACCACGCGAUCCACGAUGCCCGUUUGAUGAGUUUAAUCGACGAUCUCUUUGAAAUCUUUUACGAGCAAUUCUUCUUCUUUUCUUCUUUCUCACUCAGUCAUUCGCUCAUUCAUUCUCAUUCUCAUUCUCCGCCUGCCUUUUAAAUUAAUGAGUCUGGCUGAUGAUUAAUCGUCGAUUUCACGCGUAAAUAAAAUCCACUACGAUCAGGUGUCAAUGUGUAUCGAUCGUGUGUGUCGUUUAAGAUGUCUCUCCUUCUCUUCCGUUCGAAGAGCGGAACUCGUUUUAUAAUUUCACGUGUAAACAACGUUACUGUAUCCGACGAUUAUAGAUUGACAUAGAGGAUUCUUCCCAGUUUCAUCGAUACCUACAUCUUUUCGCGAGGAAAAUAAAUCCA